CUUCUCUUCUCAACCCAACAGAAACCCAAGUGUCAACGCCAUGGCUUGCUGUGCCCCCUGCUGCUGCAGCGUCCCCACGGGCCCCGCCACCACCAUCUGCUCCUCUGACAAAUGCUGCCGCUGCGGAGUGUGCCUGCCCAGCACCUGCCCACACGACAUCAGCCUCCUGCAGCCCACCUGCUGUGACACCUGCCCCCCGCCCUGCUGCAUGCCUGACACCUACGUGCCCACCUGCUUCCUGCUCAACUCCUGCCAUCCCACUCCCGGUCUGUGCGGGAUCAACCUGACCACCUACGUGCAGCCUGGCUGCGAGAGCCCGUGCGAGCCCUGCUAAGCUGCCACAGCCCUGCACGGGUUCAGCGCCGUGCCGCUCGCCGUGCUCCACGUCGCCCAGCCGUCAGCACGCACCGCCGCCUACAGCAAGCCGACUCUGUCCCCAUUCCCUGGGCCAUGCUUUCGUGAACUGGCCCAAUUCCUGACUCCGUUCCUCCUUUGCGGAGAGCGGGAGACCUUUUCCCCGUCCUUUAGGCUAUUGCACUGCUGAGAAAUGACCAUUUUGACUAUUCAUUAAUAAAUUUCAUUCUGGCUUAGCAAA